AGCCACGGUCCCAGCCUGCCCCGCGCCGGCCAACGAGAGCAAAGCCAGUGACUCACCUCCGCCGCGCUAACUCCGCGCUUGCUCGCCCCUCACACACGCUCACACCCGGUUCGAGAUGGCGGCGGCGGCGGCGGCGGCGGCGGGGGACUCUGAUUCCUGGGACGCGGACACGUUCUCCGUGGAAGACCCGGUGCGGAAGGUGGGGGGCGGCGGCACCGCCGGCGGGGACCGCUGGGAAGGCGAGGACGAGGACGAGGACGUCAAGUUAGAAGAACCUGAGGAACCUAAAGUGCUAACACCAGAAGAACAAUUAGCAGAUAAACUGCGGCUAAAGAAAUUACAGGAAGAAUCAGACCUUGAAUUAGCAAAAGAAACCUUUGGUGUUAAUAAUACAGUUUAUGGAAUAGAUGCUAUGAACCCAUCUUCAAGAGAUGACUUCACAGAGUUUGGAAAGUUACUAAAAGAUAAAAUUACACAAUAUGAAAAGUCACUAUAUUAUGCCAGUUUUUUGGAAGCCUUAGUUCGAGAUGUGUGUAUUUCAUUGGAAAUUGAUGACUUGAAAAAGAUUACCAAUUCAUUGACUGUGCUUUGCAGUGAAAAACAAAAGCAAGAAAAGCAAAGCAAAGCCAAAAAGAAGAAGAAAGGUGUGGUCCCUGGAGGGGGACUAAAGGCUACCAUGAAAGACGAUCUGGCAGAUUAUGGUGGCUAUGACGGCGGAUACGUACAAGACUAUGAAGACUUCAUGUGACAUUUUCUCUUCUCCUGGUGUCUUCUUUCUGUUGCCCACAAUCCCUUCAACAUGUAGCACAACUUCCUUUCCUUUCAGUUCUGCCAAAUGCUACAAUCAGAAGUGCAGUAUCUUUUGUGCUGGUUAUUUAACCCCUUGACACUUAGGUGCUAAUGUGCGAAUGAGGGAACUUGGAUCUUGCUGCCAAGGGGUUAAAAUUGGGAACCUCAGUUGCUACUAAAUCAUAGUUUAAAAAAAAAAAACAAACCUAAUAAUGUUGUCAUUGUUGCUAUCUGAUUCCAUAGCAGCAGUCACUGAAUUGGAAACAAAGGUUGCAACCUGACAAAAAUUGUGUAGUAUUUACCAGCACCAUUCAGUAAUACAGCCUUAACCAUACCUCCUUGAACUUGUCAAGAAAAGCAGUUUGCGGCAAGGGCAUGUGGUGUGCACCUAGUAUUAAAAUUGCUUUGUCUUAAAAUUGAGCGUGAGGAUAUUAAAAAAAAUACAUUGUGAAGAAGACUGCUUAUCUCAGAGUGAAGAUACAACGGCUGAAAAGCACUAGCUUGAUAUUUAAAAAUUAAAUUAAAUGACCAAAACCCUCCAACUUUGAAGCUGAAGAAGGUAAACCUCUCCAUUACUGCACUGCAUUACAACUUGUGGAAUCUCUCGAAUGCAUAGACUGUCUAGUUUCUGUUUAUCAGACUGUUCUGCUGAUGGAGUGCUUCAGAUGGGGGAGGGAAGCUCUUACCUGUUUUAUUUCCCUGAUUUAAGUGUCUGAGAAACAAUUCUCCUUUGUUCUCCUAGGCUGCAAUGGAACAACUUUAACAGGGUUUUGGCAUUUUCUUCCCUUUAUAAAACAUGCUCAGCAAACUGCACCAGUUGACUACAGUUUGGUAAAUUGUUAUGUUAACAAUUAUGACAUCUGCAAUGUUUUAUAAAGCAACUAAUUUAAUAAAAUCACUAUUGUGAGGACUUAAA